AUGACCGCCACCACAAUUCGCUGCACUCGCCGCCGUUCCAACCAUGAAAACCACACCAUCGGCUUCGACGGAAACAACAAAGUAACCGUCACCGUAACCGCUAACUGCUCCGUCGUCCGGAGGUGGCUGAAAUCCAUGCUCUACUUUCACAACCACUACUUCCUCCGUGAACGCCUCGUCGUCGGCCUCGGCGUCCAGUGGAGUGCUCCGUCUCCAGACCGCCCAAAUCCUCCGGCGGACACCUUGCAGCUCUGCAUCGGCCGCCGCUGCCUGAUCAUCCAACUCUCUCGCGCCGAACGCGUGCCUCAGAUCCUCCGUCAGUUCCUCAAAGAUCCUACCAUAACCUUCGUCGGAUUCUACAACCACAGGGAUCAGAAGAAGCUCAAGGCCUCUCGGCAUCAGUUAGAGAUGUGCUGGAAACCUGAGGAUCUCAAGAUCCAUGCAGGAACGUUGCAUCCAGAUCUGGUGAAUGCUCCGGUGAAGGAGAUCGUGAUGAGUUUCCUCCGGUGCAAUGUGAAUCCGAGAAGAGAGGUUAGCAUGAGUGAUUGGAACCGUGAAGAGCUUACCAAAGAUCAACUGGUUUAUGCGUGUGUCGAUGCUUACUGUGCUUUCCGUAUCGGAAAAAAUCUUAAGGUUUGGGAGUGCAAUUACAAUUGGAUUUCAAAAUUUCUUGAGUUUUGA